CAAACGUAUUCAGUGUAAGCAAUAUGCAGUAGUCAUAUUCAACUAAUGUGCGUAAUAUUCAUUGGCGAUAGUCAACGUGUUCAACAAAUGUAAGUAAUAUUCAGUGGUGAAAGUCAACGUGUUCAAUAAUUUUAGAACUAUGGCGAUAUUUACAACCAAAUCAGACCCAAAUGUCACUGGUGCCUGUGUCAUCGUGUUUGCAAUUUUUGGAACGAUUUUCAACUGUGCAGCGAUUGUAACUUUUCUGUUCAGUGGAAAACUCAGAACAAAGGGAAUGUAUAUAAUAAUUGCAGUCAUAUCCUUUGUUCAACUAAUACAUAGCAUCUUCGUACAUCCAGUGUUUGCCAAUUUUUAUUUAAAUAUAAGCUUGUAUGAUUUUGAUAACUGUCAAAUAUUGUUUGCUGCAUCGGUAACAUUCAUAGUUUGUCGAGCAAUAACCGUGUAUUGUUUGUUCUUAUUAUUUGUAAACCACCUGAUAAAACAACGAUGUCCAAAUGAAUCUAGAGAAAGAAAUACGGGAAUCGUCGGUACCAUCUUAAUUUGUGUGUUAUCUGCAAUCGUCAUCGUUCCAGUCAUAGCAACACAAUCCACGUCAUCAUGUGAUGUUUUCCUCAAUUAUGAUUUGCACAUCGGGAUGACUGUUCUCCAAUAUUUACUGCCAAUUUUCCUUUUGUGUGUCGCGGGUAUAAAACUGAUCAUCAGUCACGCAGUCAGUCGCCAACCCCGGGUCGUCGUGGUUCAAGAUGGCCUUAUUUCCCAAAGAUCUUCAACUUUUCCUACUCAUAUUUUAGUUGCAGCGUUUAUAGCCGUGGUCACCACAAUGCCGUGGGCAAUAUGGAGUUUAAUGAGAAUCAGAUGUUCUGUUGAUGUCGAUUGCAACCGGUAUAUUUUGAUACGGGAGAUAAUAGUAAUGGUUUCCCAGAGUAUGCCUGUCUUUAUGCCAUUUUCCUGGCUUCUGGAUAACGAGUUCCGGCAAUCUUUUAAAACGAUGUUGAGGCGAAAGGAAACUCAAACCAGAAAUACAGCACCAGUGACCGCAUACAGCACACUCCCACAUGAACCAAACCAACUUACGUACACCAGUCUGUAGAUAGGCUACCGAUUUCUCACAUCGUGAAUACAGCGUCUUCAGAAAAAAACACAACACACAAACCCAUAACAUUUAAAGUCGACAAGUAUCUAGAGGACAUCUUUUUUCUUCAAUUCCCAUGCUUUUAUAGAUUAUUGAAUUUAACCACCAAUAAAAUUGAAAACAAAUCGGCAUUCCUAGAAAAUUAGGGCGGUUUUGAAUAUAUCACCAGC